CUUCAUUUCAUUAAUUUUGUAAUUAGCAAAAAAUCGUUUUUAUUCACGUGAAUAUCAUCAUUGUAUUCAACUGUUGCUGAUUUGAUUGUCUGUGCUAUCCUCUGUGUGUACGUGUGCUGCCUGAUACAGGUAUGACUGACAAGCCAGAGUAUCGUAUUGGAGAUCUUGUCUGGCAUAGGGAGACUAGGAAUGGGCGUGUCUGGUGGCCCGCUAUGGUGACCUAUGAACCCAACAUAGGGAUAUACUUCCGAACUGUCAACAAAGCCGUCCAGUACCACGUCCAGUUCUUUGGUGCCUCCCCUAUGCGUGGGUGGGUCACCAGCAAGGCAAUCAAGGUCCUCUCGGCAGCCAAUGAGAUCCCUCUACCAGAAAAGGGCGUGUCCAAGAAACUUAUGAAGGAAUAUUCUGUCGCUCUAGCCGAGGUAAAGGAGGCAAUAAAGGUCGACCACAAACAAAGGAAACUCCAGUUCAUAUUUAACUUUGACUCUGACAAAAAGCGAGUACCCCCUCCACAAAAAGAGGCAACAAAGAGUGUACAAAGUAGGCGUUCAAUAGAGCCGAGUGAGGCAACAAAGAGUGUACAAAGGAAACAUUCAAGAGAGGCAACAAAAAGUGUACAAAGGAAUCGUUCAAUAGAGCCGAGGGAGGCAACAAAGUGUGUACAAAGGAAGCGUUCAAGAGAGUCGAGUGAGGCAACAAAGUGUGUACAGAGGAAGCGUUCAAGAGAGUCGAGUGAGGCAACAAAAAGAAUAGUUCGUAAACAGCCCAAAAUAACCGAUGGUGGACAAGACCCCUCCCCAACAGAAACACCAGCAGCCACCCAGGCCCGAGAGAUGGGCCGCACAACCAUCGAAGCCCCCCAGACACGGACAGUCACUCAGGCCCAGGGGAUGGGCCGCACAACCAUUGAAGCCCCUCGGACACACACAGCCACUCAGGCCCAGGAAAUGGGCCGCACAACUAUCGAAGCCCCCCGGACACGCACAGCCACUCAGGCCCAGGGGAUGGGCCGCACAACCAUCGAAGCCCCCCGGACACGCACAGCCACUCAAGCCCAGGAGAUGGGCCGCACAACCAUCGAAGCCCCCCGGACACGCACAGUCACUCAGGCCCAGGAGAUGUGCCGCACAACCUUUGAAGCCCCCCGGACACAAAUAGCCAUUGAGGCCCAGGGGAUGGGCCGCACAACCAUGGAGACCCCCCAGAUCCAGGAGCCACUACCGAGCAGUGCAAGUCAUCCUCACAGCAUUGAGAACAUUGUUAGACAGCCUCACAUCCCGAGUCAGCCCAUGAACAUUGCCAUGUCUCCCCCCCUCCACUCAGUACUGCCCUACCCAACCAGCCCACCUCUACCCAUGGUCCCCUUCAUUCCUAUGGGCUCUCCUCCAUUUGUCCCAUUCCCUUCGUUCCCCAUGUCCCCAUCUUGUACAGGCAGUGUGUACCCCAUGGAGUACUAUCCAACGCUGAUGCCCUACCAAUAUGAUGCUCUAAGUGUCUCCUACUACUCACCCAGUUAUCUCAUGCCAAGUCUCCCUCAAGCAAUGCCCCCCCAGCCAAUGCCCCCCCAGCCGCUGCUGCACCCUAUGAACAUGUUUGAACAGCCUUCAAUACAACAACCUCCAAACAUAACAGAGGCCAUGUCAACUGAACCACCAGUCCUCCAACAACCUAUCAAACUACCUAGCAAACCAGCAAACCAACGAAUCAAGUCUGAGGCUGCCCCAUUGUCUCCUCAAGCUCCUGUUGUUUCAGUAGAGAGCCCAGUCCUCCUAACUCCACCAUGCUCUGGUCCAGUCCUCCUAACUCCACCAUCCUCUGGAUCAGAGGAGCUCACUGACACUGAUACAAUGGAUGCUCCACAAGCCACCAACCAGCUACAGGGUGUGUGUGCCAUCUGUGACGAGGACGGCACUGAUAUGCUCGUCUGCAAUGGACACUGCGCUAACAUGUUUCAUAUUGACUGCCUUGGCUUAAUGGCGGCGCCACUCUUUAAGUUUGUGUGUGAUGAAUGUUUAAUGGAUACUGGCAAGUGUUUCGUGUGCAGCCAACCUGGGGAGCUGGUCAAGUGCAGUAAGUCAAAGUGCCCCAAACUCUAUCAUCUCUCUUGUAUUAACAACAAUAAACUGUUUGUAUUUGACGAGCGGAAGAAGAAGUUCACAUGUCCCCUACACACGUGUGGUCGCUGUGCUAGCAUUGGAGUGCCUGACCCUCCCUCCACCAACCUGGUCCAGUGUACCAAGUGUCCUCUGGCGUUACACAAGAGUCAUUGUCUCAUUGCUGGCUGUGAGCUACUUUCCUCCACUAACAUGGUCUGCUAUCAACACCUCAAGGUCACCAAGAAUGAGAGACUCUACUCACACAUCAACCUCAACACGUGCAUGGAUUGUGGCAAGAUAGGCUCCCUCUUCUGCUGUGAUGUGUGCUCUGCGGCCUAUCACGAUGGUUGUCUGGAGCCGGAGUAUCGUCCCAGUCCUGACCAGGAGACCUGGAAGUGUCCCAGCUGUCUAGUACAUGAUCUGCCAACCUAUGGUGCUCUGGUCCUCUGCAAGUUUGGCAUGUGGAGGUGGUGGCCAGCUGUUGUGGUAGCACCAGAGAAGGUACCUGACAACAUAGAGGCUCGCAGUGCUGGGGAGUGCAUGUUUGUAGUGCGCUUCUGUGGCACCAAGGACUACACGUGGAUGCAUCACGGCCGAGCUGUCCCCUACACUGGAGCCACUCAUGACUACAGGGGCAGCAGCACUAAGCAGAAGGCUUUCAAGAAAGCUCUUGAGGAGGCGGAGGAACUGUAUCGGACCAAGAGACUAGAGAAGGAAGAGAGGGAAGCUAGGGUCAAGAAACCUGACUCAAAGAGAUACAUCAAAAUUAAGGCCAACAAGUACUUGGUCCCUCGUCCAGCAGUGAAGGAGACCUCUCUCUUUUGUCUCCCUUGUCAAUGUACCAGUGAUCAAUCGUGCAAUGAUGACUCAUCCUGUGUCAAUAGAGCCAGUCUGAUUGAGUGCGACCCUCACACUUGCCCCGUUGGCCCACUCUGUAAGAACCAGCGAUUGGCCAACUGUCAAGAGGCCAACAGUACACCCUUUCACACAGGACAGCGAGGAUGGGGCCUACGCAUCGAUCAAGACCUAUCACCUGGAGACUUUGUAGUGGAAUACAUUGGCGAGGUGUUGGACACAGCCAUGUGUCGUGAGAGGCUGGAGAAAUACCACAAGAACAGUAUGGUUAACUAUUACAUGUUGACUCUGGACGGAGGCCUGGUCAUCGACGCUAGUCAGAAAUCAAAUCAUGCUCGGUUCAUCAACCAUAGCUGCGACCCAAAUUGUGAAUCACAAAAAUGGACUGUAAAUGGAGAGACAAGAAUUGGGAUAUUUGCAUGUGUCUCUAUCAAAGCUGGCACUGAACUAACGUUUGACUACCAUCUUGAUUCCCUCGGUAAUGAGAAGAAGCCAUGCUUCUGUGGCAGUAAGAACUGCAGUGGGUUCAUGGGGUUAAAGUCCGUAAAGGUCACCACCUCCGACAAACCUAAGAAGCCGGUGAAACGAAAACGCCAGAAGAGAAGAAGAAAAGUGUUGAAAGAUGAUGUAUUGGACACGCAUGAAGAUGAUUGUUUUGUGUGCGGCGACGGUGGAGAGUUGCUUAUGUGUGAUGCCAAGCUCUGUACCAAAUCCUAUCAUCUCCAGUGCCUGCAACGUAAAGUCAAACCAUCGCAGUAUACCUUCUGGACAUGCCCUCGCCACUUUUGUCAAGUGUGUCAGAAAGAAGCCGCUGUGUUCUGCUCCAGCUGCCCCAUGUCCUAUUGCAAGAAGCACUGUGAUGGCCGCCUUGAGGGGCCACUCUGUGUUACUAACUGUGUUGGCCGCAUUGUUUUGGCUGGUGAUAGCUCUGACACUAUCCAACAAUAGACCAAUCUCAACACUUGUAUGACUGUAGAUAACACUUGCACAAUCAGUUAUCAUUUUCAUUCUUUGUACUUUCAAUAUAAUUAUUUCUUGUAUAGUAAAUUACACACUAUCUCUAUGUAUGUACAGUAUAUCACUCGGUUAUCAAAAGCUGUAAAUUAAAAUUAUCAUUUUUGUUAAUUAACUUG